GGCGACACUGAACCCGAAGACGCCACAGAACAGGAGCAAGGCAGCAUGAGCCGGGUUCAGGUCUGUUCCCUUUCCUAUGGCUCAUAGCGGAUGUGGGGGCAUCUUCCCUAUGGAACACACAAGCUGAUAGCCAGGAAUGCAAGCGGGGAGGGGCAAUCUUUAGAUCCAGGAGUCACGUUACCCAAGGAUUGAAAAUAAUCAGAAGGCAUUAAAAAAAAAAGUCCUAUGUUCCCAUAUUUCCCUUUCUGUUUUGCGUUGUGUUACCCUUGUGUGACUUUCUUUGUAUUGUUUCCUACAGGAUCUCCACCAUGAAAACAGCCAUGAUAAGCCGUAGGUCGCUCUUGGUACUGUUGCUUAUCUUAGCCAUCUUGAUCACUUUUACAGUUUUCCAAAACUCCACAAAGAUAUGGACUUGGUUCAAGUUUCCCAUCUCCUUGCAACCCUGGAACUUCAUCAAAGGGUCCUCAUGUCCCAAUGCCACUCUGAACCCCACAGUUCCACCAGCUAAGACAGAGUCAAGAGUCAGGGAGAUCAUAGAGAAACUAGAUCACAUGAUCCCACCCAGACCCUUCACCCACAUCAGCACCACCACCAGCGCUCGACACAGCCGAGUCAUCAUCCUCAACCCUAAAGACGCGUACUGCAAGGGGGACCAGCUGGACGUCCUGCUGGAGAUGAGGGACUUCUUGGGACACAGGAAGGAAUAUGGUGGGGACUUCCUGAGGGCCAGGAUGUCCUCCCCAGGCUUGAAGGCAGCUGCGUCGGGAAAGGUGACGGACUUGGACAAUGGCACCUACCUUGUGAGCUUCACUCUGUUCUGGGAAGGCCAGGUCUCUCUGUCCGUCGUGCUCAUGCACCCCAGCGAAGGGGUGUCCGCUCUCUGGAGGGCGAGGAACCAAGGCUACGACAGGGUGAUCUUCUCUGGGCAGUUUCUCAGUGGCACUUCCAAGGUGUAUAGCGAUUGUGGCCUGGCUUUCAACUCGAGUGCUGAGCUGUGCCAGUACCUGGAUGCUCAAGACCAAGAAGCCUUCUACUGUGUGAAACCGCCGCGCGUGCCCUGCGCUGCCCUCACCCACAUGCACUCCAAGAACAGGGCCGUGUCCUAUCUCAGCAAACAAGAAUGGCACCUCUUUGGAAGGUCAAAUAUGGGUGUGGAGAUGUUAGAAAAAUUCAAACCAAUUAGUGUUUCCAAAUGCAAAGAAGAAAUAGUUCCGGUAAAAGAGAAAUGCAAGCUUGGAGUCAGAUGGACAAUCCCCAGUGGGCACGUCUGGAGAGACACAUGGAAUCCGGUCUCCUGUUAUUUGGCUCCAAUCGAAAUGAAAGACUGUCUCAGAGGAAAAUCCAUAUACCUAAUAGGAGAUUCCACAAUUCGCCAAUGGAUGGAGUACUUCAAGUCCAGUAUCAACACACUGAAGUCAGUGGACCUGCACGAGUUUGGAAAACUGAAACACCAGCUUGCUGUGGACUUGGAUAGAAAUAUCAACAUCCAGUGGCAAAAACAUGGUUACCCGUUGAUUGGAUCAUUGGUCUAUUCCGUCAAAGAGAUUGAAAACAUGGCCCGAGUCAUCGACAGAACAGGAGGAGAGAAGAACACUGUCAUUGUUAUUUCCCUGGGCCAGCACUUCAGACCUUUCCCCAUCGAUGUUUUCAUCCGAAGGGCCCUCAACAUCCACAAUGCAGUCCAGCGACUUCUUCUGAGAAGUCCGGACACUAUGGUUGUCAUCAAGACAGAAAACACCAGAGAGAUGAAUAAUGACGUGGAGAGAUUCAGUGACUUCCAUGGGUACAUCCAAUAUCUGGUCAUCAAGGACAUGUUUGAGGAUCUCCAUGUGGGCUUUAUUGACGCCUGGGAUAUUACAAUAGCAUAUGGCACAAAUGCAGUCCACCCACCGCAACACGUAGUUGGAAAUGAAAUCAAUAUGUUCUUAAACUAUAUUUGCUAGAUCACACAUAUCUCAGAAAAUUAUGUAAUGCAAAGGUCUGUUCUCAGUGAGAGAAAGUAAUCUACCCUAUGGCUGAUAGGGUCUACGAAUUGAGCCAAACAAGAUUAUUUCUAGCCUGGACUGAAGCUCAGUAACUGUAACUCCUUGAUAUUAUUGCUUUUAUAAUAGCAAUAAAAUUAAAUUAAAAAAAAUAAAGCUCAGAAGAGUCAUAGGGAAAUUCCUAUCCUUCUUGAUCAGAGCCAUACUGUUCUUCUCUAAUGAAAAGACCCCAGCAGGGUAAAGUUCUUAUCUAUGAUACACGCAACAGCAGAGAAAUAAAGUAGUAAUAAAGUAAACAUUCAGAUAGAGCAGUCUUACUUUCUCUUUUCUCCUAGUAAUAAUAUGCCCAAUGGAUCUCCAGAUGAGAAGGGUAGGUAUAUCAGGUAGUUCAUCUACCAUCACAGAGGAGGAGCAGGAGGAGCAGAUUUGUAAGCAAGGCCCCAGGGUCCUGAAAGCAGGACUCUUCUCUCCCAGCAGGUACCCCCAUGGGCUCCAAUCUGAUUCUCUACAGAGGCUAACAGGUAUGUCACAGGGGGCUGCCACCCAAGAGCCUAGCUUUGGACCUGUUGUCAGUCAUUUGAAGACACUCAAAUGUGUAGCUGUAGGUGCCAGACAGUGGUCUUCUGGACACAAUUUUGA